GCGCGUUUCACCUGUGAAUGAUGUACUCUCCGGCAGCCGAUGCAGGAGUGACGGUGGUGGAGAAGGACCCGGCUCUGAGCGGUGCGUACUCACCUGUGGACUACAUGAGCAUCACCAGCUUCCCUGGACUCCCAGAAGAUGAAGCUUCAGCUGACAACAUCCUCCGAUCACGCAAAGACAACGAGACCUCUCUCAGCGAGCAGGACACAGACCCUGAUCUGUUCCUGCAGCGGCUGCCCUCCUCUGCCUCGGACUUGGCCAGUCGGGACUUCUCUCCUCUGAGAGAGACCAGCAGAGACCCGCUGGCACAGGACUGCGCCUGCACACGGGACGGGCUGACCGUCAUCAUCACCGCCUGCCUGACCUUCGCCACCGGGGUCACCGUGGCCCUCAUAAUGCAGAUCUACUUCGGAGACCCACAGGUGUAUAACCAGGCGGCGGUGGUGACGGAUGUGGCCCGCUGCACGUCUCUGGGCUUUGAGGUUCUGGCCAAGCAGGGCUCCAGCGUGGAUGCUGCUAUAGCCGCUUCGCUCUGCCUGGGCAUCACCCAUCCACACACCUCGGGCAUCGGCGGCGGCGGCGUGAUGCUGGUCCAUGACAUCCGCAGGAAUGAGAGCCGGGUCAUUGACUUCCGGGAGACGGCUCCCUCCGGGAUUCACCAGGACAUGAUGUUACAUGUUCAUCAGAAGUCAGGUCUGUUAGUGGCUGUUCCCGGGAUGAUCCGUGGACUACACCGAGCUCAUCAGCUCUAUGGGAGGUUGCUGUGGAAAGACGUGGUCACGAUGGCUGCCGAUGUGGCGAGGACUGGAUUCAAUGUGACGCAUGAGCUGGCUGCCGCGCUGUCCGAGGUGAAGGAGCAGAACGUGUCGGAUGCGUUCAGAGACGUGUUCCUGCCGAACGCUCAGGCUCCCCCCGCGGGACUCUUCACUAAACGGCUGGAUUUAGCUGCUGUUUUGGACAGGAUUGCAGCCAAUGGAGUCUCCGAGUUCUACAGCGGGAAUCUGACACAGGAAAUGACAUCAGUGGUUGAAGCUAAAGGAGGUGUGCUGACGGAGGAUGACUUCAGAAACUACACCACUGUCAUACAGAAGCCACUGCAAAGUCUUUACCAGGGCUACCAGGUGUUAGUUCCCCCUCCGCCCCACGCAGGAGCCGCCCUGCUGUCCGCUCUCAACAUCCUGGAGGGCUUUAACAUCACACGCCAGGCGUCCAGGAGCAGCAUUCAGCACUGGACCGCUGAGUCUCUGAAGAUCGCUUUGUCUCAAGCCAGUGGACUGGGAGACCCCAUGUUUGAUUCAUCGGUUUCUGAGCUGGUGACGCAGAUGCUCAGUAAAGAGCAGGCUGCUGUGCUCCGGCAGAAGAUCAGUGACUCCCAGGCGUCUGCGGCUGAGCUCUACACCCCGUCGUACGAGCUGCAGGAGGGCGCUGUGGCCAGCCAGCUCAUGGUCAUGGGCACUGAUGACUUGAUCGUGUCUGUUAUGAGCUCUCUAAACCGUCCGUUUGGAAGCCGCAUGGUGACGUCGUCUGGGAUCCUCCUGAACAGUCAGAUGCUGGACUUCUCCUGGCCCAACAAAACACACCGCUCUGCAGCUCUCAAUCUGCGUAACAGCAUUGAGCCGGGCAAGAGGCCGGCCUCGUUCCUGACGCCGAUCGUGGUGCGGCCGUCCAUCGGGGUGUGUGGCACAUACGUGGCGCUGGGCUCCUCUAACGGCGAGCGGGCGCUGAGCGGCAUCACGCAGGUUCUGGUCAAUGUGUUGUCCUCCCGUAAUAACAUGAGUGAGAGCGUGUCCUACGGCAGACUGCAUCCUUUCAUCCAGAACAACACCCUGCUGGUGGACUCUCAGUUUCUGGAGGCCGAUGUGAAGUCUCUGAUGCAGAAGGGUCAUGAUGUGCGUAAGGUGGACAUCAUCUCACUGGUAGAAGGGACCCGGAGGACCAAUGAGCUGAUCAUCGGUGUGAAGGACCCGCGCAGCACUGACGCCUCGGCGCUGUCCAUGUCCAUGCCCUAGACUCUCUCUCACUCACUCUCACACACACACACACACACACACACACUCUCUCUG